UUGAAACCCAGCGCCCAAUGAGAGGACACCACGCCACCAUCUUCCUCGCUUCCUUCUUCCUCCUCACCACUACCGCCGCCGAUGCAGCCAAAACCAACGCCGCCGAUUUCACCGGAGGCCACAGCAAACUCUCUGGAAUCAUAAUACCUGGCUUCGCCUCCACUCAGCUCAGAGCCUGGUCUAUAUUGGACUGUCCUUACUCGCCUCUCGAUUUCAAUCCUCUCGAUUUAGUGUGGCUCGACACCACCAAGCUUCUAUCUGCUGUAAAUUGCUGGCUCAAGUGUAUGUUGCUCGACCCAUACAACCAAACUGAUCAUGUUGAAUGCAAGUCACGGCCUGAUAGCGGUCUUUCUGCUAUUACAGAGCUUGAUCCAGGGUACAUCACAGGUCCUCUGUCUUCAGUAUGGAAAGAAUGGGUUAAGUGGUGCAUUGAGUUUGGUAUUGAGGCUAAUGCUAUAAUUGCAGCCCCAUAUGACUGGAGAUUGUCACCUGCAAAACUAGAGGAGCGGGACAUUUAUUUUCAUAAAUUGAAGAUUACUUUUGAAACUGCUCUUAAGCUCCGUGGUGGACCGUCAUUGGUUUUUGCUCACUCACUGGGAAACAAUGUAUUCAGAUAUUUCUUGGAGUGGUUGAAACUAGAAAUUCCCCCCAAAAAUUACGUCAAAUGGUUGGAUGAACACAUCCAUGCCUAUUUUGCUGUAGGUGCUCCUCUUCUUGGAUCAGUUGAGACUAUUAAGGCAACUUUUUCAGGAGCUACAUUCGGUCUUCCGGUUUCUGAGGGAACAGCUCGCUUGAUGUUCAGCUCAUUUGGAUCAGCAUUAUGGAUGAUGCCUUUCUCAAAACACUGUAGAACUGAGAACGUAUACUUAAAGCAUUUCUCAGCUUGGAAUAAAAAGGGGCAUCAAGCUUACCAUUGUGAUGACCAUGAGUUUCAAAUUAACUACUCCGGUUGGCCAACAAAUGUUGUUAAUAUUGAAAUCCCAACAACUCAAGGAGAUGAAGCUUAUCCUUCAUUUAUCGGAGCAGCACCUGUUAACCUGUCUGACAUGGAUUAUGCAUUUCCUACUCCCCAAUCAUUUUCUGCCCGGGAAGUUUCCGAUGGAACUUUUUUCAAAUCUAUAUCUGACUAUGACCCUGAUAGUCAAAGACUCUUGUACCAGUUAGAAGAGUUGUAUCAUAAUGAUCCAGUUUUGAAUCCACUAACACCCUGGGACAGGCCACCUCUAAAGAACAUCUUUUGCAUUUAUGGAAUAGAUUCAAAAACUGAGAUUGGUUACUAUUUUGCACCAAGUGGAAAGCCUUAUCCUGAUAACUGGAUAAUAACUGAUGUAAUAUAUGAGCUAGAAGGAUCAUUGUAUUCCAGGUCAGGAAACCUGGUUGAUGGAGAUCCUGGUGCUGCAAGUGGGGAUGAGACGGUACCAUACAAUUCCCUCUCUUGGUGCAAGAAUUGGCUGGGACCAAAAGUAAAUAUAACAAGGGCUCCUCAGUCAGAACAUGAUGGUUCAGAUAUCCAAGUGCAUUUAGAUGUUGACCAUCUUCCUGAAAUGGAUAUAAUACCCAACAUGACCAGAUCUCCUAGAGUGAAGUACAUGACCUAUUAUGAAGACUCUGAAAGUGUCCCGGGAAAGAGAACAGCAGUUUGGGAGCUUGAUAAAGCCAAUCACAGGAACAUCGUUAGAUCUCCAAUAUUAAUGCGGGAGCUGUGGCUGGAGACAUGGCACGAUACCCAUCCUGACAAAAAGUCUAACUUUGUGACAAAAGCUAGCCGUGGACCUCUAAGGGAUGAGGAUUGCUAUUGGGAUUAUGGAAAAGCCCGAUGUGCAUGGCCUGAGCAUUGUGAAUACAGGUAUCUUUUUGGAGAUGUUCAUUUAGGGCAGAGCUGCAGGCUGAAGAACUCUUCAACUGACCUGUUGUUGCAUUAUAUAUGAAGUAGAAGAAGAAGAUACGGUUCAAGGCGAGCAAGGGUUGCAUGCAUCUGGUUGGAAAAUGGAAAGGAAGGCAUUGGUAUUUGGUAUUGUGAAAAGAGUGAGUUUAUAAAAGCAGAGGGAGGAGCAGCAUCAUCAUUUUUGGAAGACAAGUAGAAGUAUGGUGAGGGAUUGUAUUCUUUGUAGGAGUAGGAAGUGAAGUAGUGAUGUAGAGUUGAGGAUUGGCUAGACUUAGGGAUUUUUUUGUGUGUACCACCACUGUAUUAGACUCUAGAAUAGCGUCUAUAUCUCAUGUCAUUCAGUUAUUUUUUUUUUUUUGCCUUUAAAAGGUGGUAAUUGAUUAAAUA